AUGUCGAAUAGUAAUGAUGCGAGUGAAAAUCCUAUACAAUUUGUUGAAUUUAUUAAUUUACCAUUUCUCAAUAUAACGGGUGAAAAUGGGCAGAUUAUUAAUAAUUCUGGCGAACAUAUUAUUAUUGAAGAAAGUGAUGAUCAUAAUCAGCAAUCGAAACCUCAAGAGAUUCAAUAUUUACUAGACAAUAACGAAGAAAAUUCUGAAUUAAAUAAACAUAUGAUUGUGGUACAUGAAGGAAAACAGUUUAUAUUUUCAAACGAUCAGAUAAAUGAAAAAGGUGAAAUUAUUUUGAAUUCUGACAAUUGUUUGGAUAAUUAUAUUUUGUCCGAUGAAACAAAUGAAGAAACUUUUGUUAUGCAAGAAGAAUCGUAUGCUGAAGAUGAAUCUAAUGAAAAUAAUGAAGUGGAUGUUACUCAAAGCUAUCAAGUUGUAGUGGAUGAAACUGACUUAGAAGAACGGGAUACAAAAAAUUUUCCUUUAGUUCUCCAAGAAUUUGAUGAAGAUGAAAGUGGUAUUAAAGACACUCCACUCAAACGAAAGCAAUACGCAAUUUUACGAGAUGGUCAAUUAUUUAUACAAGAAGGUGAAUUACAAGAAGAUGAAUUGUAUAGCACGGAAGAGGGCGCUGAUUAUAAUGAUACAACCUUUAGUAAUGAAAUUAAUAACGGUGAUUCGACUUCGUUAGAUGAUGAAGAUCCAUUAGAAAAUCUUGGUAUUGCUGGCAGAAAUUUAAUUACAGGACAAACGAUAUCUUUGGACGGAUUUAUUUCGAAGUUUAGUUCGAAAAAACUUAAUCCUGCGAUGAAAAGUACAGAAUCGAAAUCGAAUCUAAACUUUUCAGGCGUAUUUGGUAAAUCUAGUGAUAAAAAACCAAAAAGACUUACCUGCAAAAUAUUAGCGAUUAAACGACCUGGUGAAAGCAUGAAUAGCUUUUCAAAUAAAUUAGAUAAUGAUACAAAUAGUAGUAAUGCUCCAUCAACUUCGUUUUCAAUUACCAGUAGCUCAAAAGAAAUAAAAAGUCAAACAAUUCAUGCAAUAAUUCAACCCUCGGGAGAAAUUGAGACUGAUAAUGAUUCAAAUUUUCAUGUGGAAUCAUCGCAUACUAUUCCAUUUGAAGAUAAAUUUGCAGAAUAUACUUAUAGUACGGAACCAAUGGAUGAUUUAGUUGUGAAAACAUUAUGUGGUCUUAUGGAUAUGGAAUCAUUUUCAAAGCAUUUAAUAAAUAAAAAUUUAAUUAUUAAGAAUACUUAUAAGCGAGUCAAUAGUGAAACAGAUCAAUGUGUUUAUAAGACUGUUACUUAUUUUAAAGGUACUAUGCGAAAAACACAUUCAUUAAACGAUUUUAAUGGUGUAUACGAACAUUGGACAUUUGAUCAAAAUAUUAUGUUGGAUAAUAGCGCUAAAGAUCAAAAUGAUGAAGAUGAACAGUCUAAUGAUAAUUCAAAUAUUGAUUUAAAUAUCAAUGAAGCAGAUACACAACAAAUCGAUUUAAAUAAAGAUACAGUUACUGCAGUAUCUGAAACUUCCGAUAAUGGCGAUGAGAAUGUUUUAAUUAAUAAAUUUAUGGUCAAACGUGAAUCUAAAGAUGUUCCACCUGAGACGGUUGGUGUUCAUGUCAUUAUUAUUGAGGAUGAACAUGGAAAGAAAAAAACUAAAGUUGUCAUUCCAAAAUUAUAUAAUAUUACACGCUUUUGUACAAUUUGUAAUAAACUCUAUCGAAAUGCACAAUUAUAUAAACGACAUAUGCGCACUGCGCAUGCAUCAAAUGAAGAUAAAACGAAUACAUGUGAUUUAUGUAAUAAAAAGUUUAAGGAUCCAUUUACAUUGACUCGACAUCGACGUAUACACAAUGGUGAUAAAAACUAUCAGUGUAAUAUAUGUUGUAAAGCGUUUAAUACAUCGGAAUCAUUAAAACGACAUAUUACAAUACAUAUACCAAGUUUACGUCCAUUACAAUGUAUGCAGUGUACGCAACGAUUUACAGAUCGAUCUAGCUUAAAAAAACAUAUGUUACUACAUACUGGCUUUAAACCAUAUCAGUGUGAUGUAUGCUUCAAACGAUUUGCUCAAUGUGGUGAUUUAAAUUUUCAUCGAAAAAUUCAUGAUCCCAGUAAACAGUAUACUUGUGAAACGUGUGGCAAAGAAUUCAAUCGUCACAGUAAUCUGUUGCGGCAUUUAGAUAUACACAAGGAUAAUGGAAAUAUUUUUAAAUGUGAUAUUUGUGGGUGUUCAUAUAAUUUUAUGAGUUCGUUAACUAGACAUAUAGUGAAUCAUCAUAUGAAAGAGCAUGUUUCAUAAAUUUUAAAAAUGAGAUUUUAAA